AUGCUAUUACAUUUAAGAAAUUUACAAUGCAAAUCAGCUGCCACAUCAUUUCCAUAUAUAAUAAACCCAUUUUUUAAAUCUCGUAUAGUACCAAGAGUUAUCUUGAGUAGCACCAAACAUUAUUCAGAUUCAUCUGCUAUCAACAAUCAAGAAUCUAAUACUAAAUAUAAACAUAAAAAUGACAUAUUGCAUAAAAUUAUAUCAAAAUCAAGGUUAUUACAGAAGUUAAAUAGACAUCCAAAGUUUGCGAAUUAUUUUGAUGAAAUAUCUGAGACAGGAACGAUUACCACACUAACUUCUUUUUUGAUACUUCAUGAAGCCACUGCUAUCCUUCCAUUAUUUAUUAUUUGGUGGUUUAUGUAUGGGUUAGAUAUGCCAGAACAUACUGAAUUACCUGGAUUUCUAUCAAGUAUUAUGGAAAAUUGCAAUGCGUUUAUAGAGAAAUUUGUCGGAAAAGACAAAUUUGUCAAUUUAGAUAGAAAUAAACUUAUCAUGACAGGUACAUUAUCAUACAUGAUAGUGAAAUUAUUAUACCCAGUAAGAAUUUUAUUCAGUUUAUGGGCCGCUCCAUAUUUUGGGAAAUGGCUUUUAAUGCCAGUGAAGACAUUAAGAAAAUUAAUCUUUAAAAAAUGA